CAGGCAUCAUAACAAUCCAAAUAAGCCUGGGAUCCAAUUUUCUUAUUUCCCCAACCAAAACAGGGGAAGAAAAAAAAAAAGAAACAAAAAAAUCAAAAAAAUUUAGAAAAUGAGAGCCUCAACAAGAGUCAUAUGGACAGUAUCUGUCCUUAUGCUCGCUGCUGUGUCCGAGGCCAUCUUCCCUCUACCGUUUCUACCGUUCCUCCCUGGGUUCAACAAUGGCUUUAGGGACAAUGAGGCUGUGAAGGUUGCGCAACCACAGCCUGCAGCCGGUGCGGUAGCUGGUGGAAAAGGCGGAAGAAGGCAGCGAGGCGGCGGUUUAGACGCUCAGACAACCUGGGGUGGUAAGUGGGAGCUCUUCUUGGAAAACUCGGGUGUGUCAGGGAUGCAUGCGAUUCUUAUGCCAGUCAUCAACAAGGUCCAGUACUAUGACGCCACCAUUUGGAGAAUUUCAAAGAUUAAGUUGCCUCCAGGCGUACCAUGCCAUGUCGUGAACGCCAAGACUAACAAGAUCGAUUGUUGGGCUCAUUCGAUUCUCAUGGAUGUCAACACCGGCGCCCUUAAGCCUCUAGCCCUUUCCACCGAUACAUGGUGCUCAUCCGGAGGUCUGACUGUAAAUGGUACAUUGGUGAGCACUGGAGGAUACGGAGGAGGAGCCAACACCGCGAGGUACCUAUCCAGCUGUGAAAACUGCAAGUGGGAAGAAUACCCUCAGGCAUUGGCUGCCAAGAGAUGGUACUCAACGCAAGCCACUCUCCCUGACGGAAAGUUCUUCGUGAUUGGUGGAAGAGACGCCUUGAACUACGAAUACAUUCCUGAGGAGGGACAAAACAACAGGAAGCUCUAUGACUCAUUGCUCCUCAGGCAAACAGACGACCCGGAAGAAAACAACCUUUACCCUUUCGUGUGGCUCAACACCGACGGUAACCUCUUCAUUUUCGCUAACAACCGAUCCAUCCUUCUAAGCCCCAAAACAAACCAAGUCAUCAAGGAGUUCCCUCAGCUCCCAGGUGGUGCCCGUAACUACCCGGGAUCAGGUUCUUCUGCGCUCCUCCCCAUCCAACUUUACGUGAAAAACCCCAAGGUCAUCCCUGCUGAGGUCCUCGUCUGCGGUGGUUCCAAACAGGACGCGUAUUACAAGGCUGGUAAGAAGGUAUACGAACCAGCACUACAAGACUGCGCCAGGAUAAGGAUCAACAGCGCAAAGCCACGAUGGAAGACGGAGAUGAUGCCGACCCCACGAAUCAUGAGUGACACUGUCAUCCUCCCCAACGGAGACAUACUUCUAGUCAACGGAGCUAAACGUGGUUGUUCAGGCUGGGGCUAUGGUAAAGACCCUGCCUUUGCUCCCCUCUUGUACAAGCCCCAUGCUCCACGUGGCAAGCGUUUCAGACAGCUCAAGCCCUCCACCAUCCCACGCAUGUACCACUCCACCGCCAUCAUUCUCCCUGACGGUAAGGUUCUUGUCGGAGGUAGCAACACCAACGACGGUUACAAGUACAACGUUGAGUUCCCUACGGAGCUUCGUGUUGAGAAAUUCUCCCCACCUUACCUCGACCCGGCUCUAGCCAACAUUAGGCCAAAGAUCGUCACCACCGGCACCCCAAAACAGGUAAAAUACGGACAAUUCUUCAACGUGAAGGUUGACCUUAAACAAAAGGGCGCCACCAAGCAGAAUCUCAAGGUGACCAUGUUAGCCCCUGCCUUCACAACACACAGUAUCUCAAUGAACAUGAGGAUGCUCAUCUUGGGUGUCGCUAAUGUCAAACCUGCUGGUGCCGGUUACGAUAUCCAGGCCGUCGCACCGCCAAAUGGAAACAUCGCUCCACCGGGUUACUAUCUUAUCUUUGCCAUCCACAAAGGUGUUCCCAGCAUUGGAGAAUGGAUUCAGAUCGUCUAAUGAUGAUGAUUUUUUCCCAUUUUGUCUUACGGCCGUAACAUCUUAAUAUAAAAAAAUCACGUAA